ACAUUGAAGUCUCAUGUUGGGAGUUGAGUCAGUUGGAGCCCAACUGAUGGUAUGGGCAUUUGUUUGUGAACCUCGAAAAAUUUAUCGCUGAAAGAGCGCGGUGCAGGAGUUAUUGUUGUCAAAAUUCAUACUAAUAGUAAAGCACACACCGGACACAAAAUUCUGUCGCUGUCUCUGGAAAGGUCCACAAUUUCUGGUGAAACGUGUGUUUGGAGAGAGUUUCGAGGGGGUUAAAAGGAUAUCCGUGAAUGUUUGCGUGGAUUUGUGAUUUGGGGUCUGCUCAAUUAGCAUGUUUUUCGUAAUAUACAUAGCAGCAUUUGUUGCUCUUUUGACUAUUUACUUUCGUAUAAAAUACUGGCGGAGAUAUGAACUAUUGGAAAAAUUUCCCGGACCACGAAUUGUGCCACUCUUUGGCAAUGCCUUAAUCUACUUCAACAAGAAACCCGAAGAUGUUAUUCCAUUUAUGCAAGAAAUGAUCAAUGACUAUGGAAAGCUAUUUCGGGUAUGGAUAGGACCUUACCAGGUAUCAUUCUUCUCCACAGAUCCUAAAGAUCUCGAAGUUAUCCUCAGCAGUACUAAGCAUAUUACCAAAAACAAUUUGUAUAAUUUCCUCAAACCCUGGCUUGGCACAGGACUUCUCAUCAGUACUGGACAAAAAUGGCAUACACGCCGAAAGAUAAUAACCCCGACGUUCCACUUCAAAAUUCUCGAACAAUUCACAGAGGUAUUUAAUCGUCAAGGCAGUACUCUCGUGAGGCUUCUGCAAAAGCAGAGCAAUGGUGAGAGUUUCAAUAUUUAUCCAUUCAUUAAUCUCUAUGCCCUCGACGUUAUCUCAGAGUCAGCGAUGGGAAUUGAACUCAACUCUCAGAUUGACUCUAGCUCAGAAUAUGUGAGAGCUGUAUCUGAGAUUUCUCAAAUAAUGAGCACGAGGUUUGUUAAAGUGUGGCAACGGAUUGACUUCCUGUUCAAUAAUUUUGUGUCAACUAAGAAGGAUCAUGAUCGAUGCAUCCGGGUUAUGCACAAUUUCACGGAAAAUAUCAUCCGGCAGCGUAGGGAGAAAUUGAUUGAGUUGCUCCAAAAGGAGGAUGAUGAGGGUGUGGCAGAGGAAGACCAAAGACAUACGGGGGAUGAGGAAUUCUAUCAGAAGAAACGCAUGGCGUUGCUCGAUGUUCUUCUGCAGGCGACAGUUGACGGAAAACCCCUGUCUAAUGAGGAUAUCCGGGAGGAAGUUGAUACUUUUAUGUUUGAGGGGCAUGAUACCACAACGUCCGCAAUGACAUUUGCCCUCUAUGCCAUUUCCCGGCAUCCAGAUGUGCAAAAAAAGCUUUAUGAAGAAAUUGUAGAAAUUGUUGGAAAAGACCGAAAUACCCCUCUAACAUAUCGUCAUCUUCAGAGCCUCAAGUAUAUGGAAUUGGUGAUUAAGGAGACACUCAGGCUUUACCCACCUGUGCCCAUCUACGGGCGUCGCAUCGAGGAGGACAUAGAAAUUAAUGGAAAAAUCAUUCCUGCCUAUUGCAAUUAUACCAUGGGAAUCUAUUUUAUGGGACGAGAUCCGAAUUUAUACCCUGAGCCAGAGCUAUUUAAGCCCGAACGAUUCAGCAUGGAGAACACCACCGAGAUCACUAAUCCAUUUGCUUAUGUGCCAUUUUCUGCAGGACCGCGAAAUUGCAUUGGUCAGAAGUUCGCGAUGCUGGAGAUUAAGAGUAUGCUCUCGAAGGUGCUGAGUCACUUUGAAUUGCUACCCUGUGGACCUGAGCCACGAAUAAUUGCGGAAAUUGUGCUUCGCUCCCAGAAUGGUGUUCACCUGGGACUCAAAUGUAGGAAUUAAUUGCCACUUUUAUGUUACCAGAAGGUGGUGGGUUUUUGGAUGGAUAUUUAAGUCUCUUUGUGCACUUGGUGCACUAUUUUCAGAAGUGGGAUGUGAAGGGAUGAUAUAGGAUAGGGAUUGGGGCCAUUGCUAUAUUGAAGUGUCUCUACACAUUUCUGCUUUUAAUGUGGGUGGGAUAUGUAAGUGAGAUGGGUGGGCCAAUGAAUGGGUUUGGCGAGAAAGUGGCAAUUGUGAAGACCACGAGAGUGAGGUGAUAUAAUCGAUUACCCCUAUAUUAUCUUCUGCAGAGUGGCUCCUCCAGGCUUUUUUGCAGCCCCUUUCCGUUUUUCCUCAUUCUCUUUUUAGAUGCCAUUUGAGGAAAACGCGAUUCCUUAUUAUAAGAAAAAGGGGGUAAGAUGCUGGUUGAUGUAAAGAUUGAAGAUUUUGUUCAAUGUGAAAGAAAAUAAAUUAAUUAUUUUAAGUGGCAUACACUCAAA